CCACAUCCCUGCCGGUUGUAGAUUUCCCAACCAGGGAAACGUCUUACCUGCAUUUGCUCUGAAUAUCCCUUUUAAGUUUUUUUGUAAGUUUCAGUGAGGUCACCCCUCAUUCUUCCUAACUCCAAAGAGCACAGUCGCAGUAUUCCCAACCUCUCUUCAUAGGGCACCCCUGGGAACAAAAUGCUGACUUUUUGUUGCAAUCCCUCUUUGGUAAUAAUAUCUUUCCUGAGAUGAGGAGACCAAAACACUCAAACUGUUUCAGAUGCAGUCUUAACUAUACAAUUGAAGCUGUUUCUUUUGCAUGAUUGGUGUAUGUGUAUAUAAGUUUUCUGUGAAGAGGUCUCCUGUGGAUGAAGCAACAAGGUCCUGACGGCAAAUCCUGUGAAUCCUAACCUGGCCAAAGUUCUUUCUGUCACCCAAUACCCUUAACAGCUCAAUGAUUUUCCUCAUCAUCUGGUGUAGAACACUGAUAGUAUGGGUUUCUGAGACCUCUGAAAAUUUGGUUGUGAACAUUUGCGUAAUGCUGCAGUCAUCGGAACAGUGUGUGUAAAACACCAUUGCCAAUAAAUAUUGUGUAACAUAGUGAGUCACUAUCCCGUGUCACUUAUUUAUUAUACCCUACAGAACUUGUCUGGAAUCCAAAAUAGAACCCUUGGGCCUGCACUUUGCUAUGUUCAUACCUACCCUGGAGAAUCAGUGCACUUCAGAGCAGAAAGAGAAAUGGCUGCACCUGUCUUACACCCAGCAGAUCAUCGGCACUUAUGCCCAGACAGAACUGGGCCACGGAUCAUUCAUCCGAGGCUUGGAGACAACCGCAACCUAUGACCCAUCAACUCAAGAGUUUGUGCUGAACAGCCCAACUGUGACCUCAAUCAAAUGGUGGCCUGGAGGAUUGGGGAAGACCUCAAACCAUGCUAUUGUCCUUGCUCAGCUCUAUACCCAAGGUCAAUGCAAAGGGCUGCAUGCUUUCAUUGUACCAAUUCGCAAGAUGGGCAGUCAUGAACCUCUGCCUGGUGUAGUGGUGGGUGAUAUUGGACCGAAGUUUGGGUAUGAUGAGGUUGACAAUGGUUACCUGAAGCUGGAGAAUGUUCGUGUACCACGUGAAAACAUGCUGAUGCGAUAUGCAAAGGUGAUGCCAGAUGGGACAUACAUGAAACCACCCAGUGACAAGCUGACCUAUGGCACGAUGGUCUUUAUACGCUCAAUGAUUGUAGGAGACUCGGCACGUGCGUUAUCUCAAGCAUGUACAAUCGCCAUCCGCUAUAGUGCAGUCCGACACCAGUCAGAGCUGAAACCUGGUGAUCCUGAACCCCAGAUACUGGAUUACCAAACUCAACAAUACAAGCUGUUUCCACUGCUGGUGACAGCCUAUGCCUUCCGAUUUGUUGGAAACUUCAUGAGGGAUACAUACCAUCGUAUUACCGGGGACAUGAAUGAUGGAGACUACAGCCAGUUACCCGAGCUCCAUGCCCUGUCUGCGGGCUUGAAAGCCUUCACCAGCUGGGUAGCCAGUGCCGGCAUUGAGGAAUGUCGAAUGGCUUGUGGUGGUCAUGGGUACUCACAGUCCAGUGGUCUCCCAGAUAUUUACGUCACGUUCUCACCCAGCUGCACAUACGAAGGAGAGAACACUGUCAUGAUGCUGCAGACAGCAAGGUACUUAUUCAAGAGUUAUACUCAGGCUAAGUCUGGUCAGAAGCUAUUGGGCACCGUCGCGUAUCUGAAUGACCUGUGCGGCCACAUCCAGCCCCAGCAGGUGGCCAGUCGGCCAAUGGUGAUGGACAUUAAUGACAUCAGCAGGCUAGUGGAAGCAUACCAAUUGCGAGCAGCUAACCUGGUUGAGGCAGCUGCACGGAAUUAUCGCAUGGAGCUGGGACACAGGAAGAAUAAAGAGGAAGCCUGGAACAGCACAUCUAUUGACCUGGUCAGAGCAUCAGGAGCUCAUUGCCACUACGUGGUGGUGAAGCUGUUUGCAGCCAAGUUGUCUGAGAUCACGGACGCUGCGAUCUACGAUGUCCUUAGCACUCUGUGCCUGAUGUACGCGCUGUAUGGAAUUAGUAAGAACUCCGGAGAUUUCCUGCAUGCUGGGAUCCUGAAUGACCUGCAGAUUUCCCAGGUUCACCAGCGUGUGAAGGAGCUACUUGCUGUGAUCCGACCCAAUGCCGUUGCUCUUGUCGAUGCCUUUGACUACCCUGAUGCAGUUCUUGCAUCAGUGCUUGGGCGUUACGAUGGGAAUGUUUAUGAGCACAUGUUUGAGUGGGCAAAGAGAUCUCCUCUAAAUAAAACUGAGGUUCACGAGUCAUUCUACAAAUAUCUGAAACCUCUGCAGUCCAAGUUGUGAAAUUGUAACUGAUUGUUGUCUGUCCUAGAAAUUGAACCCAGCUACCAAUCAAAUUCUCAAUAUUUUCUAAUCAUUCUGUUCAGAGAUGGUAUUACACAUCUCUGAGGCAGGUAGGACUUAAACCUGGGGCGUCCUGGCUCCAAAUCAAGUUCUAAACCUUUAAUUUUGAUUCUUUGUAUCACUGACCUCUCAAUCUUGUAUCUCGAAUGGUGGAAGUAGCUGUUUUUAACAGUUUCCGAGCGAGUCCUUUUCCCACUAUUGUGGGGAUUUUCCUGUCCCUGCCCUCUUAGUAUGUACUAGUAUGGUUGUGUCAUAGGACUUUGGAACUGGAUUCGGAAAUGUAUAAACCACAUAUUUUGCAUCCACCCCUCCCUGCAUGAGCAUGGCAGCAUCUCUGUGGAGCUUUACAAAGUGCAUGGCCCAUGAUGCAGCAGCGUUUGAGAGGAAUCACCUUCAGUUUUUGCUCUUGACAAAAGCUGCUGCAGUAUUUGCAGGCUGAGAGUGAGUCUAAGGGAUAAAGACCAGCACCAAUGACAAAGCAGAAAUGUUCAAGGCAAAGCUCCUAAACUAGUGUUGGGAGGGAAGGAGAUCAGAAAUUGGUCUGCCGUUGAGCAUUAGGCUUUUUAGAGGAGGGGCAUAAUCAGGGAUUCAGGCUUUGGGUUUGUGUUGUUUUAGCCAGAUUAGAUGACCAUUCCUCUACAGAUAUGAAGGAUUUUGCAAUAAUGCUAAUUGACUGAGAGAGUCCGUACUAGUUAGUCGUGCUUUGGGCUUUGUUCGACCCUUUGUUUUAAACAGGGUAAAAUCCAAGUCUCCUGCAACUGAGGUUUUCAGUACACUGCUAUCCUGUCUUGGUGGGAAAGUGGGACAACAACCUGCAAUUUUUUUUUUUUUUUUUGCUGUAGUUACUGGGGCAUGUCUGAUUUGGCUGUCUGCACAAACUGAAUUGGUAAAGUGGCUGAAGUUUUAAGAGAUUCACUUCAAAAACACAGCAUAUUCAUAGUCCAAAAUAACCUGCAUUGGGAAAAAAUACAAGAGUUACUCCGAAACCAGAAAUAUUUGCAAACAAACUACCUUCAAUACACCACGCUAUUUAGAGUACAAGACACAGCCAACAGAACUCUCACCCAAUCCAACUUGGAUCCAGAAGAUGCAUAUACCUGAGCCACUAGUUGUUCAUUUUUUAAGCCUGAAGUCAGCGACAGGUUGUAUUGCACAGGUGCCACCUUACCUGCUUUCACACACUGUCUGAAUAUUCUUAUGACUGAUUGAGAUGCUGGUUGCAAUCUUAGCUGGUUUGUCAAGAUUAAAGGGCCAGUGACCAUGUUGAAUAAGUGAGGUUACCUUUAAAAAUUGGGACAACUGAUGCCAGUUCCUUUUAGUGUCUGUAAAUCACUGAUUUCACUUUUUAUUGUCAAUAUAGCAUUACAGUCUCUGCAGAGAUUAACGCUUUUGAAAAGCAAUUAGAACUGAGAUUGGCACUUUAAGGUUCUGUUUUAAAACCUUGACUGUAACAAAAUAACUAGAAAAAGCACUGUUGACUAAAACACUGUUUUAUUUCUGCAGGCAACUUGUAUUUUAAACAUCAGAAAGUUACAUUCCUCUUUUACACUCAUCACACUAUCCACGGUUGGUCUUUUUAGCAAUUGGUGCACAGUUGUUUCCAGAUUCCAAUGGUUCCCAUAUUUCUGUUUCACUGAGGAGUAACUUCAAGUGACCGUCUGUCCUUAAUUUUCAGAGUUUCAGAAGGUCACCAACAGUAAAGCCGAUUCUAAUGAUUUUUUUUUUCUCUUGGCCACACCAGAACAAAUCUCCUAGAAUGUCACAGGAUGUGUUCCUUUGGCUAGAGACAGUCUGCAAUUUGCAUCUACUGUGAUGGCUUGUAAAGUCAAAUGGCCUUUAAUCUCUACUGAUUGUACAGAACUGUUGUCUGAAGUCCAUUGACUUGUAGGGUGGUCUGUAAGCUAAGUUCAAAAUUUGGCUUCCUUUGCCUAUUUCCUAAUGACAGUGUGAAAUGUUUCGGCCUGGUAUGCAGGUGGAAAUACUAGUUGGCUAUUGUCGAGAGCCCGACUCCCUUUCAUCUUAGAAAUAAAUGGGCAGUUGCAGUACAGCUGUUCCGUCAGUACCUUUCUAGAACUUUGGGAGACUCAGGCUCCUGCCAUUGCCUCCAAGCGUGAAUAUCUUGCACCUUCUUCUGAGUUAAUCAGUCGAGACGUUCCUUUGAUCUCAAACAAUCAACUGUCUCAGACUUACUGUUAGGUGACUUCAGAACAGGGCCAAUGGCCCCAGUUUAUGAACCACAAAUUUAAAGAUAUAGUCACAAAAUAUUAUAAUAUUUUGUAAUACUCUGUAUCACUAAGGUUUUGGAGUAGAUCUGUAGCUCGGGUUGUGGGUGUUGAGAUUGGUUGGCUUGCCGAGCUGGUUUGUUGUUCCGCAGACGUUUCGUUACCAUACUUGGUAACAUCCUCAAUACACCGAAAAGCCCCACACACAGGCCAGGUACUGAACUUCAAUAGUAACCAUCCCAGCACGCACAAACGAAGCUGCGUGCGAACACUAUUUAAAAGGGCAACAACACACUGCAGCAACACGGAACUACGCCAAGAGGAGGAGGAAUACCUCUUCCAAGUGUUCAAGGAUAAUGGAUAUCCAAAGAACUGGGUCAGAAGAUGCCUACACGAACAGCAUCAGAAAGAUUCUACACGCCCCGACACACACAUCACACUACCCUACAUCAGGAACCUGUCAGAACUCACCACAAGACUUCUACGACCGCUGGGCAUCAGAGUGGCACACAAGCCCACAUCAACCCGACGACGAGUGCUCACCAGAACUAAAGACCCACUCCCCGCCAUGGACAGGACCAAUGUCAUCUCCAAGAUCCCCUGCAGAGACUGCAAGAAACACGACAUUGGACAAACAGGAAGGAAACUAACAACAAGUGUACAUGAACACCAACUGGCUACAAAAAGACACGACCAAUACUCACUCAUCUCAAUCCACAUGGACGAGGAGAACCACGAUUUCGACUGGGACAACACCAAGAUCCUGGGACAGGCUAGGCAGAGACAAGCACGAGAAUUCCUGGAAGCAUGGCACUCCACGAAGCAGGCUAUUAACAAACACAUUGAACUCGACCCCAUAUAUAUUCCACUACAGAGGAAACCUGGAAGUGAGGCAAUCCAUCGCAAUGGACCCCAGAGUUUAAAAACCAGGCGGGAAAACACACCAACGCUUCAUCAGAGGCUGCACUGAGGAUGUUACCAAGCAUGGUAACGAAACGUCUGCAGAACAACAAACCAGCUCGGCGAGCCAACCAACUUCAAUACUCUGUAUCAGUUACAAAAACAUUGGCUUCAUAUCCCCAUUAAUUUUUACUCCUGAAUAAUUUAGUUCCGGGAUAUUCCUGUGGUAUUGACAGUUCAGAAAUGGUUUGUGUUCCAAUUCAUGUUGUGUCACUUGCUUGUCACUUUUCCUAAGCACUUCACUGUGUAGUAGGUGCAAUAGUGUAACUUUGAACUAGUUUCUGAUAUUGAUGCUGAAUUUUGCCUCUAGGUAAUUGUAUGGAUCAUACUCAGCGAUCCGCACCUCUGCCCUGUUCUGUUUCUAAUCUCACUGGUCUCGGUCUGUCUGUCUGCCUGGAUUUCUCUGUCUCUCUCUCUCGAUUUAUGUUCUUGCUGAAUGUGCCAUGGUAGACUUAAACUAGUUUGAACUAAUCAUCAGACUUGGGCAGGAUACAAGAGGAAGGCAAAAGGAAGCAUUUUUUAAAAUAAAUAUAAUAUCCAGUUUUUCAACAUGCACUGAGCUAUAGCAAACAGUUAAUCCUUUUUUAAGGUAUGUGAUGAAUUUGUCUUGACCUGGGACACUUGUUCUCAGUUUUAACUAGUGGAGGGAGUGUAUCAUUGAAUGUAAAAUCUUAACCCUAAAAGCUGCACUAGAAAAUUAAUACCAGAGCAUUCGUUUACUUUUCAGACUGAGAGAUUUGCGCUCUCUCUGUCUUCUCUCUCUUUCCUACCCUUUCUCCCUCUUGUUCUUUCUUUCAUUCUUGAUGUCUCUUGUCAUUUAGAUUCUCUUCGAGCUCACUGCUUUGUAAUUCUGAAAUGAAAUAUUAUUUUCUAAUAGACUCUAUUCUAAUUCCUUUUCCUUCCAAAUCAACAGUUAAGGUGUGGACUACCACAAGAAAACAAUGUACUGAGAGAAGUUAAAUCUUAUGGAAUGAAUUACUACAAAGAAGUAUAUUUUCAUUAGAUUCUUCAUGUUGAGUGUGAUAAAGCAGCACAAUCAUAAAUGUCUGUUUGCUGCGGGGGAUUUUAUUGUAAUUCUCUGUACAAAUGUUGUGAACUGAAUAAGCUGCAGGGGCUCAGCUUAAUAACUAAACCACUUUAUGAUGGAGGGAUGGUUCUGUCCCAUUUUAAUGCAUUAAAAUCAUUUAAAGUUGUUUAAUUUCUAUUGCGUUCAGUGGGCUCGUGAUGCUUUGGAAUCAUUUGGAGUCUCUGUCCUCGGGGUCAGACUGCAGAAGCUGACACACCUGGCUGGUUAGGGCUUCUCUAAUGCUAUCUUCAAUACCCUCGCGGGGUUGCUGGCUGAGGUCAUGGUGAAGGACCCACGUCAACCUCUCUCCUUCGCCUGAGGCAUCGUGACCCUCCAGUUAAUCUCACCGCCAGUCACAUGUCUCUAAUGAGGGAGCAGCCUAUGGUGGCUCUGGUACUAUGGUGACAUUCACUUUCCUGAGAGUUACUGUCAACAGUAUAUCAGUGUCCGGUGUUCUGUCAUUCAGUGCUGAGUCAGUUCUGUCUCUCUGUGGGCUGCUCUGAGCUUAUGACCUCUUCUUAAGGAGUACCGUUUUAAAUUGAUUCGGUUUUUGGGCAAUAAUAUCUAUAAUAAAUGUUGGAUUGAAGGAACAGCCCAGACAUUGUCAGUGCUUCUCACUCGACUUCUGUUUCAAAGAUGAUGCAGAAGUGCAAACGGUCAGCACACACCGUCAAAGUAGGAAAGAAAUCUAACUAUUGUAACAAAAGGAAUUUUUUUUUUUAGUUAUAUGAUGAGAGGGUAUCGGUGAAUUUGUAAUUACAGACUACAGACUGGGAGUGGAGUGGUGGGCACGCAGUGUGGAAAUCUAAGGGCUAGUGAAAUUGGGCAAUCCAGAGGUCUAAGUACAAACUGAGGAAUUUCAUAGCUCUGAUUGUUCAAGUCUUGCCCAUGUGAUGAUGGAGUGUUUGAGAUGAGCCACAUCCAUGUGCUGUUCAAGCAAUGUAGCAAACUAUUGUCAUGAGUCUACCUGUAAGGCACUAGUAUUGGAAGUAAUUUUCUUGUUUUUAAAAAUAUGAUUUUAAAGAUUAAACCGCACAAGUGUUUCAACUAGGAAUUUUCACCAUCCUCACGAGGAGAUGAUGUUGUUUCUUGAUGCUGUCCUGGAUUUGCCAAUGUAAUCUGUCACGUUUCCAAGUGGCACUAGAUAUUGUAAAACAUUAACAUAUAUGUAUGAUUAAUAAAAUAACAAUACAAUUGA